UUUUUCCUGAGUGGAAGUACAAAAGUUGUCAUAGCAGCAUGGGGUGAAGCUGGAAUCAAAGGAUGUUGAUUCACUGAAUCGUGAUAAAAUUCACAGGUAACUAUGGUGAAGAAGAGCUUGUCCGGUUGGGUCCACCAGGACUCAGAUGAAGGACUUGUCCACGUUAACGUUGGAGGUCUGAAGAGGAGCCUCUGUUCCAGCACCUUGAAGAAAUUUCCUGAUACCAGACUGGGGAAACUUCUAGCUUGCGAUUCCGAAGAAGCUAUACUGCAGGUGUGUGAUGACUACGACGUGCAGCAGAAGGAGUUUUAUUUUGACAGGAAUCCCAGCCUCUUCCCGUAUGUCCUGCACUUCUAUCAGACUGGCAAACUUCACAUCAUGGAUGAGCUGUGCGUCUUCUCCUUCAGUCAGGAGAUUGAAUAUUGGGGCAUCAAUGAGUUUUUCCUGGACAGUUGCUGUAGUUACCGCUUCCAAGACCGCAAACUGGAGAGCAGCCGAUACCGCAGCUGGGACGAUGAGAGCGAAGUCAGCAGCGUAGACACGUCUGUAGAUGAGAUAUCUGACUUAUACAGAGACAUGCAGCAUUUCGAGGAGGUGCGUUAUGGCAACAUCAGGAAGUGCCUGUGGCUGACUCUGGAGAAUCCAGGAUACUCCAUCCCCAGCAAGCUCUUCAGCCUGCUCUCCAUCGGGGUGGUGAUCAUGUCCAUUGCCUCCAUGUGUAUUAACAGCAUCUCCGAGUAUCAGACCUUUGAUGCUAACGGGAAGCUGAUGGAGGACGCAACCCUGCAGGCUCUGGAAGUGUUCUGCACCUGCUGGUUCACCUUCGAGGUGGUGACACGGCUGCUGCUGGCGCCAAACAGAAGGAAAUUCUUUCAUCAUCCUCUCAACAUCAUUGACAUUGUGUCUGUGGUUCCCAUCUACGUCACCCUGAUCUUUGACAUGACCGUCGGAUCAGAGUCUGAACUCGGAGACCUUGGACGACUCAUACAGGUGUUCAGGCUAAUGAGGAUCUUCAGAGUUCUGAAGCUGGCCAGGCACUCAACAGGGCUGCGCUCACUGGGGGCGACACUUCGGCACAGUUACCGUGAGGUCGGCAUCCUGCUGCUGUACCUGGCUGUGGGCGUGUCCGUCUUCUCGGGGAUUGCUUACACUGCAGAAUAUGAAGAGGAUGUGGGUCUGGACACCAUCCCAGCCUGUUGGUGGUGGGGCACAGUCAGCAUGACCACGGUUGGCUACGGAGAUGUGGUCCCUGUCACUGUCAUGGGGAAGCUCGCCGCUAGCGGUUGCAUUUUGGGCGGCACCCUGGUGGUGGCGCUGCCCAUCACCAUCAUCUUCAACAAGUUUUCCCACUUCUACCGUAGACAGAAAGCUCUGGAGGCCUCAGUGAGGAACAACAACUGCAAGAGAACGACAACAAGCCGCAAGGAAGAACAAGAGGAGGGCGGUUCAGAUGAGCCGUUCAGCCGUUGUUUGGAUGAUGGUGAAGAUGAUGAUGAUGAUUAUGAUGAUGACAGUGAAGAGGAUGAUAUGGAUUAUGAGGAUGAAGGAGGAGUGGUGAACUACAGCUAUGUGGAACAUCUCUCCUACACACCAACAGCGAGGAAGAAACAUCCCCUCUGAGGAUCAA